AUGCAGCACCCUCCGAGGUCCUCGACGGAGAUUGAGACCAUUCCAGCAGCGCCUGGCUCAAACAGCAAUCGCCUCACAUACUGGGAUACAGCUACAGGGCCUCAGGGGCCCCAGUAUGAGCCCAAGGACCCUGCUGGGCUGUGGUCCGUAGGUGGCAGUACCACUGUCUCUCUCGCCGGCGGCCCAACCCUCUCGGACGACGAGCCGGUAACAUGGCAAUCAAGCUUCCUCAGACACAUGACAUGCAGCCUGGACCCUCAAUACACCGAUAUAUUCCUCGUCAUGUGCGGAUUUGUAAGUGGCCUUGUCGACGGAUUGUCUUUCAAUGCAUGGGGAAGUUUCUCUAGUAUGCAAACAGGGAACACGGUCUUCAUAGCACUAGGCGCAUCUGGACAACCUGCCUACCCUGCCUACCUCUGGGCCAAAUCCCUGAUCGCCCUCACUGUCUUCGUCGUCGGAAAUGUUAUAUUCAUCCGAGUUGGCCGAGCCCUCGGUGCACGGCGUCGCUCGACCUUGAUACUGUCUUUCGGAGUUCAGACUGCUUGCAUUCUUGCUGCAGCCCUCUUAGUCCAAUUGGGGGUUGUUGAUCCCAGGCCAGAAGACCCCCGCGCACCCAUUGAGUGGAUGCAAGUUCUCCCGAUUUCUCUGUUGGCCUUUCAGGCUGCAGGGCAGAUCGUUGCAUCUCGGGUUCUAGAAUAUGAUGAGCUUCCAACAGUCGUGCUCACUACGCUUCUUUGUGAUCUGCUCGUUGAUCCGAACUUGGGGGCUGCAAUCAAGGCGAAUCCCAAGCGUAACCGCCGACUCGGGGGAUUCCUUGCGCUUUUCCUAGGAGCCAUGACCGCGGGUGGACUCUCAAAGGUCACAGAAAUGGCCGCCAGUCUUUGGUUCGCCAUGGGUAUCAAACUUGUUAUAACUGUCAGUUGGUUUGUCUGGAAGGGAGAGCGCAGCAGGAAAGUAGAGGGGAUCGGGUCUGUGUGA